AUGGCAGAGCUGCCGGAGGUUGGGGAGGCUUUGGGGGAGGGCAGUUUGGUGACUGCCACACUUGAGGGCUGCCGCCUUGCAGGCAACAGGCUGAACCUAGAUGUGUACCCUGACGGCUGUCGCCAGUUCCUCGAGCUGUUUGAGAAACGAAGGGAAGAGGUGACCCAGGUGGAAUUCCUGCGGCUGAACUGCAACGAGGCCCUCAUAGACUCCACGCUGAGCAGCCUUCCUGUCCUGAAGUGCCUGAAGUCCCUGGUGCUCAAAGGUGGGCAUGCCCAGGAUGAAUUCGGUGCUUGUCAGCAGGGUUCCCUGACAACCUUGCCACAAGAUUUUGGGAGUCUGCUAUGUCUCACUCAUCUGGAUCUCAGCUUUAAUAGCUUCUCCAGGUUGCCCAGCUGCAUCACUGACCUUGCCAGCCUCCGUGUGCUCUUGGUGUGCCACAACAGCUUGGUGGAGCUGCCCGAAGUCUUUGGCCGGCUCAGUAAGCUGACUUUCUUCUCUGCCAUGAAAAACCAGCUCCGGGAUCUACCACGGAGCAUCGGGGAGCUGGCAGCGCUGCAGAGACUGGACCUGUCUGAAAACACCCUGCAAUCACUUCCCGACGAGAUCGGGUGUCUGUAUAACUGCAUGGAGCUGGAUCUCUCAGGGAAUCAAUUGAUGGGCGUCCCAGACUCACUUGCCAAUUUGCGGUCUCUGCAGCAGCUGCGUCUUCACAGCAAUCUCCUGUUGACUGUCCCCGCAUCCCUUGCCAGCCUUCCCAACUUGUCCAGGCUUGACUUGCAGAACAACUGGCUCCGCUCCAUCCCCCCUGAGAUCCAGCGCUCUCCCUUCGUGCACCUGCGGGGCAAUCCGCUAGGAGAACCUGAGAUCCCCCUGCAAUCUGAUGAAUCCAGCUCAGGAGAGCUAGGAAGAGUGUUCCUUGUACCCAGUGGGGACAGCUUUACUGUGACCCCCGAUGGCUGCAAAGUCAUCCUGGCCUGCGGCAUCCAGUUUUACUUCCCCCCGGGCGCUGCCACCUCCUCAGUAACGAUCCAUUUCCAAACGCUCUCGCCUGACCCGCAGUGGGUGAAACUGAGGCACCAUGAUAUCCUGCUGAGUGAAGUCCUGGAGCUGCGGCCUCAUGGGGUUGUAUUCCAGCAGGAGGUGCAGAUCUGGAUGCCUUACACCUCCCCUCAGACGCUGCGUGAGCGAGAAGUGGUAGUUCGGACCUUCAAUGGGCAGAGCUGGAGCGACCUGCAAACCAAGGUGGAGCAGAGAGGAAAGCCGAAGAAGCACAUGGCUUGCUGUAGCAUCCCCCACUUCUCCUGGUUCCUGGUCGUCUCUCGGCUCGUGGAGAAUAAAUGUAGUGUCCCAUCAGAGGGGACGUUGCUCUUUUCCACAGUGGAUCCAAGCAUCAAAGUGACCUUCCCUCCUGGAGUCACAGAGGAGACUCGGAGCGUCACAUUGCAGGUGUUGCCAGUGUCGGCAGAGGAGCUGGCAGAGAUCACAGAUGAUCCAGAGUCCAGAGCCGGUCCUCUGCUCUGCCUCUCCCAGAAUUCCACUGUGGAUUUCCUCAGGCCAGUUAAAAUUCAGCUCCCGCUACCUCCAGGGGUCACAGGUCUCACCCUAGAUCGCUCCAGGCUGCAUCUUCUUCACGGCAACCUGCAAGCCCAAACCUGGGAUGAUAUCACCAGUCAGGUGGUGCUGGAGUUCACCCACCUCUACGCACGGUUUGAAGUCACCCACUUCUCCUGGUACUGGCUGUGGUAUACCACCAAGACCUACAUCGGCGGCAUCGCCAGGAAGGUGUACGAGAGGCUGCGCCUGUACCAGGUGAACUUCAUAGCGCUGCAGAGGAAGAAGGACCCUGAGCAAGUCUUGCUGCAGUGUGUCCCCAAGCACAAGGUCGAUCCUGUUCUGGGAAAGCUUCAUGACCGCUACCAGGGCCCGGAGCCCUCUGACAUUGUGGAGUUGUUUGAGGGAGAGCAGUUCUUUGCAGCCUUCGAGGGAGGCAUCAACAUCGAUGCUGACCGCCCAGACUGUGUGGACGGACGGAUCUCAUUCAUCUUUUACUCCCACUUGAAGAACAUGAAGGAAAUCUAUGUGACUGCUGAAGUGGACAGGAAAGGCCAAGCUGUGAGAGGGCAGGUCUCCUUCUAUCGUGGCGAAGUUCCAGACAAUGUCCCUGAAGAUGCCACCAAGAAGAGGAAAGGGCCCGACUCCCACUGGCUGGCUACUCUGCCAAUCAAACUGCCUAAACUGAAAUCCCGCUCGGGUGAGCAUUCAGAGCCCAAGAACGGCUUCUCCUUCCCUCCUCUGAACCUGGGGAAUGCCGAGACCGGCUACCUGACACAAGCUAAUCUGCUUGGCAUCGCCGGGCGCAUUGGAGCCGACUGGCAAACUAUUGGCUUGAACCUGGGGCUGCCCUAUCAGCAGAUCAAACGAAUAGGAUACAACCACAGGGAGGACCUGGAUAGUCAGAUCCUGAACAUGCUCUUCUCCUGGGCCCAGCAAAACUCUGAGGACCAAAACUGCGUGGAGAAGCUGAUCACAGCCAUGAAGGAGAGUGGCCGCCAGGACAUUGCAGACGAGAUUGAAACUGUCAUUGAGCUGGGAAGGCAGAAAUACAGGGCGUCCAUCCGCCGGGUGGGCCUGGACCAGGAGAGCAGCGCUGAAGACUCUGCGAUAGCCAUGGUGUAG